AUGGAUCCUAUCAAAUAUUUCACAUUUUCUAUGAUCAUCUUUAUUUUAGGUAUUUGGGGAAUCCUCCUUAAUAGACGAAAUAUUCUUAUUAUGUUAAUGUCAAUUGAAUUAAUGUUAUUAGCUGUGAAUUUGAACUUUUUGGUAUUUUCCGUUUCUUUGGAUGAUAUGAUGGGUCAAUUAUUUGCUUUAUUGGUUCUAACGGUGGCAGCUGCGGAAUCUGCUAUUGGGUUAGCCAUUUUCGUUAUUACUUUCCGAGUCCGAGGGACUAUUGCUGUAGAAUUUAUUAAUAGCAUUCAAGGUUAA